AUGAGGUAUAAACAGUUACAUAGACAGCUCAGGAGGCUCCCGCUUCCUCGCGGUAUAAUUAGCGAUGGAGCUAAAGCGUUGAAACGAGAUUUUGUUAAGGAACGAGUUGAUAAAUAUGAGCGGCUCUUUAAGGUUAUAUUAGAAGAUGAGAAGUAUCACCAGAUUCCGAUGCUUUUGAAUGCGAUUUAUCAAAGGGAUACGCCUUGCUGGUAUUUACAGUUUCAGAAAAUGCCGUAUAUCAGGUUGAAGAAACAAUGGCCGACUCUUCAUUUAAUUGACGAGAUUACCAACGAUAAAAGACCGCUUGAAACUUAUCAUCGUCAAUUGCAAAAACAAACACCAUUUUUGGUAAGUGAGCAUAUUGACACUAAGGAAGGUUGCAAGAGUUGGCCUGUUUUGCCGUUGAUGAGAAAAUAUAGUGGCCAGCAGCAGGAGGAAGGGGGGGACAAUAUUGGCGAGAUGAUUAACCAAGUUCAUCGCCGUUACAAGUUCAUCCUUUUGCAAAACGUCUUUGGGAUAACAAAACAUACAUUUGAAAUGGUCUAUACGCCUACCAAAAUGGGGUUACCCGUAAACCAGCCAACUAUAGAUGGUCAGUUGCGCAGGAAAAUAAGUACCGUGAAAAGGGCGCUAAUGGAGGUCCAGCCAAUCCUUGCCAAUGAGUUGGAAAAACUAACCUUUGCUUCAAAGACAAAGUUUAACCAAAAUUUUUAUAGAUGGCUAAAACACAAACGAAGGGAUCAGACCGUGCCUCAAGAAAUUAAAAAGAAUAUCAUAAAGGAACGUAUCGUGAGUGAUGCUCAAUUUAAUGAAAUUGUACAAGAAUAUAUACGCAACCAAUACUAUUAUGAUAAGGAUACCCAACAAUACAAAAUGAACCACAAGAGCGAGCAAAGCGAGCUAGUGUCGCAAGUAGAGCUACAAAAGGUAGUUGGAUUUUCAGUGUUGAUGACAGUGAGUGCCACAGGAGGUAGAACCAUAUCAUUGUUGAUGACAGUGAGUACCACAGGAGGUAGAACCAUAUCAGUGUCGCAAGUAGAGCUACAAAAGGUAGUUGGAUUUUCAGUGUUGAUGACAGUGAGUACCACAGGAGGUAGAACCAUAUCAGUGUUGAUGACAGUGAGUACCACAGGAGGUAGAACCAUAUCAGUGUUGAUGACAGUGAGUACUGCUCCACUAGCUCGCUUUGCUCGCUAG